AUGAAAAUCAAAUUAACAGUAAAAAUAUUCAAUAAAGGCAUCACAAACACAAAAAAUCAAUACAUUAUAAUAGACCAUGUUUUUGAUGAAUUAACUGAAAAGAAACAAAGAUUACUAACGCCUUAUGUGAUUAAAAUUAAGCAAAUGCCCGUUCUCCAGAUGUAUCCUCUACAUUUUGAGCAUUUGGUAAAUUCCGCUGUUAGAGAGAAGAUUUACAAUAAAAAUUGCAAGCAGUUCAAGGGUUGCAGUACUGACCCAAACAACAACCCAACUUGUAAGGUUGUUAUAUACAAAGAGCAAGUAAUACCAUUUAGCACCGGGUUCUGCUGUUCAUGCGAUCCCAAGAAAAAUCGGGAAAUGGAAGAAAUGGAAGGCGAGUGCCAAGCCAAAAGCGCGUUUCCUAUAAGACCGAAAACAUCGAACCAAUCUGACCAAGAUGCCGGCACCUCUCAAAGAGAUAAUGAAAAUUAUAAUAAAAGAGAUAUACCUGAAAAAAUGACAUCAUCAAAAGAUUUUAACUCCAAUGAUAAAGGUCUUAAAAACGUGAACCCCCAAAUCAGAGGCGGCCAAGACUGUAACGACUGCUUCACCCCGCCCUCGGCCAACAAAGCCACCUACCAUCAAAGCGCGCACUGCCUCGACUUCUCCGACCUCUGGUACUCCGUGUACAGAAUGAGCGAACCCAGCAUCAAACACUCUCUGACCAUCGAGCUGUUCGAAAAGCACGAAGAAUCGUGCGGCAACACCCACUGGAAAGAUUUAACUCUGGCGACGCCACUGCGCGUGGGCACGGAGAAAACUGCGAAGCAAUACAAUCUGGACGGUACCAUGUCGGUGUGGUACGAACCCACGGCCAGCGAGAGCACUCAGUUCAGUUUGUGCCACGAGGCGCAAAGAAUUUUGAUCCCCGACUCGAACAAAGACGAGAUGAGCAACAUGCCGCAAAUCAAAAUGGGAGCGGACGCCUACUUGGUCUUGAAGAAGGAGCAGAUCUCCAGGAACGGUAAAAAAUGCGACGUAGCGGGAGUCGGGUACGAAGCCUUCUUCAAGCAACCCAACAGAUGCGGGGUACCCAGAGAUACGUGCCUGAAGAACCAGCCCGAGGAUAUGUUCCGUAGAGAUUACGAAGCUCUAAAGAAAAACAAAAAGGGCUGCAAUUUUCUUCGGUUCUUCGGUACCUUACCACCAACUCCAAUAAUUGAGAAGAGAGAAGACGCGCAAAACAAAACAUUACUGAUGAACUUUUUGGAGAUGCACACGAGCGAGCUAUACAUCGAGUUUAAAGCGGAUCAGAACGUGGUGAUCCGACCGGAUCUUUUCGCCAUCAUCACUGAAGUUUACAUCGAAGCUACGAGCGGGCGUAGUGCCACCAUCACCGUGAAAGUAACCAACUCGGGGUUGGUAUCGAGCGUUUACUACGUCGGAUUAAGUCAGUGCCCCAUGGAGCUACCAGCCUACCUGAACAACCUGAUAACGCAGCCUGCUUUGAUAGCGCCACAGCACCAGCACAUCUUCAACUUGGAAGUCAGCCUUGAUCUGCCCAAAAGCGCCUUCCAUUGCACCGUGCAGGUUGUGAAUGUUAAAGAGGAAGUGAUAGCUUACCGAAGGAUUAGGAUACAGAGUAAAGAUAGAUGUUUGUGCAGUUGGUAUUGUAGUUGCGCUUGCUUCAACGCGGAUGGAGGCUUGAAAUGCAAAGAGCUGCCUUUGGAUGCUUAUUUGGGGGCUGGCUUUCAAGGAGGCUUCCCCAUGUCGUUGCGCGUUGUUCAGUACACCUUCCUUGACGACAUGAUUUCCAUGAUGCUUUACAUAAUUAUAUUUUUAUGUGUUAUACUGCUCGUUUUGGGGUUGAUCAAGGGACUUGUGGGUUUGUACAUAAACAUAAAUAUAGGUUUGUGGGGGUUAGACGCCAUACUCGACUUGCCCAAACCCAUGGCCCGUUACUACGAAAGCAGCUUGAGGAAUAUGAAGGUCCAGUACGAUAUUUAUGGAUGGCCUAUACAUCCCGAUACGAAGGAGAGGGUCAGAAACACCGCCAUUGUGACAGAACUUUGUCUGAACUUGAUUUUUUUCUUCAUAUUUCCGCUGGCCGUUUGCUGUAUUAUUUGCAAACGAAUCUGGUUCGUUAGAAACAACAAUGAUCGAGGAUAUGAGUCCACCCAAACCAACAACAGCGACUUUUGCAAAUGUAACUAA